AUCACAACUGACCUCACCGAUCACCGAUCUGACCACCACUCCUCCCUCCGACCCGGAUCCGGAAUGGAGCCGGACGUGAGCAUCGAAACCAGCUCCAUGAUCCGCGUCGCCGUCCUCCCGAUCGGCCACGUCCCCCCGGUCCUCCUCCGCGACUACCACUCCAUGCUGCUCCGCCACCAGUCGAUCCCUCUCUCCGCCGUCAGCUCCUUCUACACCGAGCACCAGAAAUCCCCCUUCGCUCACCAGCCCUGGGACUCCGGCAGCCUCCGCUUCAAAUUCGUCCUCGGCGGCGCCCCUCCCUCCCCCUGGGAGGACUUCCAGUCCAACCGCAAAACCCUCGCCGUCAUCGGAAUCUGCCACUGCCCUUCCUCCCCCGAUCUCGGCUCCGUCAUGGAUCAAUUCGACACCUCCUGCCGCUCCUACCCCGCCGCCCUCGUCGAGCGCUGCUUCGCCUUCUCCCCUGCCGAUUCUCAGUUGGAAGAUGGGAGUAAGAAAGGGUGGAACUUGAUGCUGUUUCCUCCGGCGGACCGGGCCACGCAGGAGUUUCACCUGCAGACAAUGAUGCAGGACAUUGCGGCAUCAUUGCUGAUGGAGUUUGAGAAAUGGGUGCUUAAGGCUGAGCCUGCAGGGACUAUUGUCAAGACGCCGUUGGAUUCUCAAGCUACUCUCAACUCAGAGGAGGUUAUAAAGGCAAAGAAACGGAGGCUUGGGCGUGCGCAGAAGACAAUGGGUGAUUAUUGCAUGUUGGCAGGAUCACCGGUUGAUGCCAAUCUUCAUUACUCUACUGCGCUGGAUCUUGCUAGGUUGACCGGAGACUAUUUCUGGUAUGCUGGUGCAUUGGAGGGGAGCGUUUGUGCGUUACUGAUUGACCGAAUGGGCCAAAAGGAUACAGUGGUGGAAGAGGAAGUUAGAUAUCGGUAUAGUAGUGUUAUUUUGCACUACAAGAAGUCAUUCAUACAAGAGAAUGCUCAGAGAGUUUCACCCUUAACAUUCGAACUAGAGGCUACUUUGAAAUUCGCAAGAUUUCUUUGCAGACAAGAGCUGGCUAAGGAGGUAGUGGAGCUACUAACAAAUGCAGCAGAUGGUGCUAAGUCUCUGAUUGAUGCCAGUGAUAGACUUGUACUUUAUGUCGAAAUAGCUCGUUUAUAUGGAACUCUUGGUUAUCAGCGAAAGGCUGCCUUUUUCUCGAGGCAGGUAGCUCAGUUAUAUUUGCAACAAGAUAAUAGACUUGCUGCCAUCAGUGCAAUGCAAGUUUUGGCAAUGACCACAAAAGCCUAUCGUCUUCAAAGUAAAGCUUCAGUCUUAGAAGAUUCUCUUCCCAAAAAGGAAACUGGAUCAAGUCUUGCUGAGGGUGGGAAAAUGCUCCACCAGUCGGUAGUAUCUCUAUUUGAGUCUCAGUGGAGCACAUUACAGAUGGUUGUACUAAGGGAAAUCCUGUUAUCUGCUGUCCGAGCAGGAGAUCCUCUUUCUGCCUGGGGUGCAGCUGCAAGAUUACUAAGAUCUUUUUAUCCUUUAAUUACACCUGCUGGGCAAAAUGGCCUUGCUAGUGCACUUUCCAAUUCAGCAGAUCGGUUGCCAUCAGGAACUCGCUGUGCUGAUCCUGCCUUACCUUUCAUCAGGUUGUAUUCUUUUCCUCUCCAUCCCUCACAAAUGGACAUUGUCAAGCGCAAUCCUGCAAGAGAAGACUGGUGGGCUGGAGCUGCGAAUACUGGGCCUUUUAUUUAUACUCCGUUCAGCAAGGGAGAGCCAAGCGAUAGCAGCAAACAGGAGCUCAUUUGGAUUGUUGGAGAACCAGUUCAGAUUUUGGUGGAACUGGCAAACCCGUGCGGCUUUGAUUUAAAGGUCGAUAGUAUAUAUCUUUCUGUGCCUUCUGGAAAUUUUGAUGCUUUUCCAGUCACUGUAAAUCUUCCACCCAAUUCGUCAAAGGUGGUCACUUUAUCAGGGAUCCCAACUUCAGUGGGGCCAGUUACAAUUCCUGGGUGCACCGUCCACUGCUUUGGUGUUAUUACUGAACACCUGUUUAAGGAUGUUGACAAUCUACUGCUUGGAGCUACACAAGGACUUGUUCUUUCUGACCCUUUCAGAUGCUGUGGGUCUGCGAGGUUGAAAAACUUAUCUGUUCCUAGUAUAUCAGUAGUACCACCACUGCCAUUACUGGUUUCACGUGUUGUUGGUGGUGAUGGUGCAAUCAUUCUACACGAAGGUGAAAUUCAUGAUAUCUGGAUAAGUCUGGCUAAUGCUGGUACAGUUCCAGUAGAGCAAGUUCAUGUAUCACUAUCCGGAAAGCACCAGGAUUCUGUUCUCUCAAUUGCAUCUAAAACCUUAAAAUAUGCGCUUCCUUUGAGGCCUGGAGCAGAAGUGACAAUACCUGUGACUUUAAAAGCUUGGCGAAUUGUCUUAGCAGAUGCUGAUACGGCUGCUGGCAGGAGUGCCUCUAAGAACUCUAAGGAUGGAAAUAGCCCCACAUUGUUGAUCCAUUAUGCAGGGACUCAGCCAAAUACUGGAGAUCCUUCAACAGAUAAGUCUGUUGUCCCACCUGGCAGACGCUUGGUUGUUCCUUUGCAGAUUUGUGUUUUGCAAGGUCUGUCUUUUGUAAAGGCUCGUCUGCUCUCAAUGGAAAUUCCUGCCCAAGUAGGUGACAACCUUCCGAACCCAGUUCAUGCUGAUAAUAGUCUCACUGAAGGAGCUGUGGGCACUCCAAGUAAGAUUGACCAAUUAGUGAAAAUUGAUCCUUUCAGAGGAAGCUGGGGACUACGCUUUCUUGAACUUGAGCUGUCUAAUCCGACUGAUGUUGUCUUUGAAAUUAGUGUAUCGGUCCAACUGGAGAACACUGAUCAUGAGCGUAGCCUCUUCGUCGAUCGAGAUGCUACUGUGUAUGGUUAUCCUAAAACAAGAAUUGACCGAGAUUGUUCUGCAAGGGUACUGAUACCACUGGAGCAUUUCAAACUGCCUGUUCUUGAUGAUUCUUUUUUCGUAAAAGAUAAUAAAGCUGAUGGGAGUGUCAGUGGCAGAAGUUCUAGCUUUUCAGAAAGGAAUACGAAAACUGAACUUAAUGCCUCUAUCAAGAAUCUUAUAUCUAGAAUAAAGGUUAGGUGGCAAUCAGGACGAAACAGCUCUGGAGAAUUAAAUAUCAAGGAUGCUGUACAGGCUGCCCUUCAGACAUCUGUUAUGGAUGUACUGUUGCCGGACCCAUUGACAUUUGGCUUCAGGCUUUCUAGAAAUGACCCUGGAUCUGAAAAUAUUGAUGAAAAAUCUAAUGAAAAGUUCAGCUCUUCUGCUUCUAAAGGUUCUGUGAUGGCCCAUGAAAUGACCCCGAUGGAAGUUAUGGUUUGUAACAACACAAAGGAGUUGAUCAAGAUGAGUCUUAACAUUGUGUGCAGAGAUGUUGCCGGAGAGGAUUGUGUGGAGUGUGCGAAGGCAACUGUCUUAUGUUCUGGUGUUUUGGGUGGGAUAACGAUGGAGGUUCCGCCGCUUGAAGAAAUCAAGCAUUCCUUCUCUUUGUAUUUUCUUGUCCCAGGGGAGUACACACUAAUAGCGGCUGCCAUGAUUGAAGAUGCUACUGAUAUCCUCAGGGCUCGUGCAAGAACCACAUCCUCUGAUGAGCCGAUUUUCUGUCGUGGGCCGCCAUAUCAUGUUCGGGUUGUUGGCAAUGCAUAAAAGGUUCAUCCCACUUGUAAAGCUAUUUGGUAUAGCAGCUCAAAUUGCAGUAUGUUAGGGUAGAGAGAUGCUUUCAGUUUCAGCAACUAUGCCAGUUUUUAUUAGGCAACGGCAGGAGUUAUGAUCAUUAUUCUUGAGAUGUGCUUGGUGGGAACCGUUCUCCAUUCAUGGAGUUCCCAGAACAAAUUCUUAUCAGGGUGUUACCUUGUUGUAUAUCUACAUUCAGAGUUGUAAUUUUGUUCCCUUGUGAAAUGAGUUUACUAUCUCACAUCUAUCAAUGUCUUCUUUUGAGACUAAACAUAU